UGUCGGGACGGUUGUGUGUCGGCGCCUCUCGGCGCUGUCCGUCUAUACCUCUAACAAAAUGAUACUUGUUAUUAUGGGAGUGUCCGGGAGCGGGAAAUCGACUGUGGGGUCUUUUCUCUCCAAAAAGCUAGGAUGGCCUCUACACGAAGGGGAUGACUAUCACUCCAAAGAAAACGUUGAAAAGAUGGCCAGCGGAGUUCCUCUGACUGACCAGGACAGGACCCCAUGGUUACUCUGUCUUCAUGACAUCAUCCAAAGGGAGAUGUGUGCAGGGACCAACGCCAUCCUGACCUGUUCGGCCUUAAAGAAACUGUACCGCCAGCUGCUGCUGUUUGGAUCCAGAGCUCUGAACCCCAGUUCUGCCUCACAUUCGCCAGACUCUGUGGGCGGCGUUCUGUUCGCCUUCCUGCAGGGAUCCUACGAGCUCAUCCACGCACGGAUGGUGGCCAGGAGGGGGCAUUUCAUGGCGGCCAGCCUGCUCCAGUCACAGUUUGAAAUGCUGGAGCCUCCCUCGGAGUCAGAGAACGCGCUGACAGUGGACAUCCAGAAGAGUGUUCCGGAGAUUGCAGCCGAGAUCGAACGCGCUGUCUGCACUCAGCAGUAGCCAUGGAAACGGACAGUCACUGGGGAGAACACUGUUUCCUCUCCUUAGCUUCACUGUGAAACGGACCAAGUGACAUCAUCACGCAUUUCCUCCCUGUGCUAAUGUUUUUUUUUUACCCUCAACAAAACAAAGAAGUAUAUUCAUCUCACAAACUGUCACCCCCAUAUGUGAUGGAAACAGUUGCUUCUCCCUUUCUGAGAGCUCUUUCUUUGUGGAACUCAAAGUCCAAUUAAAGGUUUAACUGUG